UGUUUUAAAGUCUUUGCCAGACUUGGGCUCACACGCUAUUUCCUGGAUGGACGGAGGAAUGGAAAGCUUUCAGCGCCUCUCCAUCACCAUCACCAACACCAACACCGACUCUCCUCUCUGUGUGUGUCCGACCUGCGCUGCCUCCACCGCAGAAGCGACGCCGCGCUGUGUGUUCCCCCGCUGCUAGGCUCUCCUCUGCAUGUACACACGCUCCUUCAUAACCAUCACUAUCCGAGUGUUAUGCACAUAUCACAGGAUAUCGGGGGGAUUCUGGGACGGAAAGACUCUUUAGUGGACCUCUAAAAAUCUCUCCGCCCUCCACCUCCACCGUGCCCGGUCUCAGCUGCCUCUCUGGCGCUGCAUUUUACGCAGCGAAGGCGUCGCUGAUUUGCCCGCAAAAGGGACAAACUCAACAGUUGUUGCUGCUUAUUGUUUGCAUGUCGAGGUGCAUAUUAUUACCAUGUGGAGGCUACUGCAAUCGUGUUGUUGCUGCUGGUGGAUUUUCUCCCUCAUCUUGCCUGCCUUCGUGCUCCUCUGGGCCGAGUGUCAUCCUGCGCUGACAGGAAGCCAAGGCGAGUCCCAAGCUCCCAUCCAAGGCCUUGGUAGAGCCACGGCCGGUGGGACACGACUCCGGAGAGCCGCCACAGAGGAGACCUACUGGGCCUACUCAGGUAUAUAUGGGCCAAAUGAAGGCUGGGAAUCAGCCUACCCAGAAUGCAGAGAGAGAAACCAGUCACCAAUUAACAUUGUGGACCAAGAUACCAAAGUAUCCACAGAGUUUCAGGAACUGACACUGGAGGGCUUUGAUACUGAAUCCUCUAAUAAGACAUCUAUGAAGAACACUGGAAAAACAGUGGCCAUUAUGUUGAAGGAUGAUUACUUUGUGCGGGGAGCAGGCCUACCAGGGAGGUUUAAGGCAGAAAAAGUGGAGUUUCACUGGGGUCCGAACAACGGAUCUGAAGGCUCUGAACACAGCAUUAACAGCCGUCGAUACCCAGUAGAGAUGCAGAUUUACAUGUACAACUCAGAUGACUUUGACAGCCUCAGUGCAGCUUUGAGGGAGAAGAGGAUCAUUGCAGCCAUGGCUGUGUUUUUUCAGGUGGGAGAGAAGGACAAUCCUGCUGUUGACCCCAUAAUCCACGGCCUGAAGGGUGUGGUCCAUCAUGAGAAAGAGACUGUCCUGGAGCCAUUCGUGUUGAAGGACCUGCUGCCGUCUGCGCUGGGAAGUUACUAUCGCUACACCGGCUCUCUGACCACACCACCCUGCAGUAAGGUGGUGGAGUGGAUCAUCUUCAGCAGACCUAUCUAUGUCUCCUACAAACAGUUGGAGGCCUUUUACUCGAUCUUCACCACAGAGCAGCAGGACCAUGUAAAGUCGGUGGAGUAUCUGCGCAGCAACUUCAGGCCAAUCCAGAGCUUGGACAACCGCCACGUCUUCAAGUCAGCAGUCAAAGACGCCUGGCUGCCUGACCUGACUGACAGUGGUAGCGGGCCAUAUGGCACAGAGGCUUCCAAAGUAUGCAGCAGUGCUCCCAUCAACAUGAAGGUGCAGCAUGUGAACAGCAGUUCUCUGUUGGUGCGUUGGGCUCGGCCAGAGGUCACCUACCACCCCCCCAUCCUCCACUUCCUGGUGUCCUACAGCUGGACCACCCAUGACGACAGCUACGAGGAGACGCACCUCACCGACGCCAAACACACACUGGAGGCCAUCAUCUCUCCAGUCUCCCCUGAUGUGCUGUACCUGUUCCGAGUCCAAGCCAUCUGCAUGAAUGACAUGCGCAGUGACUUCAGCCAGAGCAUGCUCUUCAGAGCAAACACCACCAGGAUCUUUGAGGGGACAAGAAUCGUGAAAACUGGAAUGCCAACAGUGUCUCCAGCCUCCUCAGCUGACAUGGCUCCCAUCUCCUCCGGCUCAUCUACUUGGACAUCUUCAGGCAUCCCCUUCUCCUUCGUCUCCAUGGCGACAGGAAUUGGCCCUUCCUCCAGCGGUAGUCAGGCAACGGUGGCGUCCGUGGUGACCAGUACUUUACUUGCUGGCCUUGGCUUCAGCGGCGGCGUUAUCUCCUCCUUCCCCAGCUCUGUUUGGCCGAGCAGAGCACCAAGCCGUAAUCCCACCUCCACGCGGCAGACCACCGAACCCACCCAGCCCGCCAGAGACGCCUCUGCUGCGGUGACGGCCGCAGCCAAAGCUGGGGGUGAAAACGGAGAGAACAGCAAAGGCCAGGGAGAAGAUGGAGAGAGGGAAGGAGAGGAUAAGGAUGAAGAGGAAGAAGAAAAAGAAGAGGAAUAUGAGAAAAGGGAGAGGAAGAGAACGAGAGGUGUGGAUGAGGCACUGAGGAAGGAUAACAGCACAGCAGUGGAUGAACCGCCCAGCAAGAUGCCCGACGCUACCGCAAAGGAGAAAGGACGGACUAAAGCGUAUCCCACUGACAUGCCACCUGGAGUAGAAGACCACCUGGAGGUAUAUUCCCACAAUCCACUUGACCCUUACUCCACCACCACCACAGAGGCAGCCCCCAUGGGCCCAGCAGAGACACUCAGACCCAGCUCAGGGAGGGACAGGAAGCACUGCCCCUUCACCGUCCACACUGACUAUCCCAGUGCCAUGACCAACCGGACCCACCAGACAAGGCCUGGGUCAGGGGCGGGGCUGGACCGUGUGGAGUGGUUGGUACCUUUGGUGGUGGUUUCAGCUCUGACUUUCCUCUGUCUCCUUCUCCUGCUGGCUGUGCUUGUCUACUGGAGUUCAUGUCACCUACAGCAUGCGGCAGCCUCUAUCCUCUGCUUGUUCACCAGGAUGAACAGUUUCUGCUCUCUGCUCUGUAUCAAAUACAGGCGCUGUUUUCAGACAGCCCACUUCUACGUGGAAGACAGCAACUCGCCAAGGGUGGUACCCAACGAGACGAUCCCUGUCAUCCCCAUCCCAGAUGACAUGGAGGCCAUUCCAGUCAAGCAAUUCAUCAAACACGUCUCUGAACUCUACUCAAAUAACCAACAUGGGUUCUCUAAAGAUUUUGAGGAGGUUCAACGGUGCACUGCCGAUAUGAAGAUCACGUCAGAGUACUCCAACCACCCUGACAACAAGCACAAGAACAGAUAUAUCAACAUAGUGGCCUAUGACCACAGCAGGGUGAAGCUGAGGCCGCUGGCCGGGAAGGACUCCAAACACACCGACUACAUCAAUGCCAACUAUGUGGAUGGUUAUAAUAAGUCUAAAGCUUACAUCGCAGCCCAGGGACCUCUCAAGUCAACCUUUGAGGACUUUUGGCGGAUGGUGUGGGAACAAAAUACGUGCAUCAUUGUCAUGAUCACCAACUUAGUGGAGAAAGGCCGGAGAAAAUGUGACCAGUAUUGGCCAUCAGAGAACAGUGAAGAGUAUGGCAACAUGGUUGUCACGCUGAAAAGCACUAAAGUUCAUGCCUGCUACACUGUUCGCCGCUUCACAUUGCGCAUCGCUAAACUGAAAAAGGGUGGGAAGGGGAACCCAAAGGCGAGGGCCCAGGGUGAAAGGACGGUGCUCCAGUAUCAUUACACCCAGUGGCCCGACAUGGGUGUCCCUGAGUACACUCUGCCUGUCCUCACCUUUGUUCGCAGGUCUUCAGCCGCCCAGAUGCCUGACAUGGGACCCAUGCUUGUCCACUGCAGUGCUGGAGUGGGUCGGACGGGGACAUACAUCGUCAUAGACAGCAUGCUGCAGCAGAUCAAAGACAAGAGCACAGUUAAUGUACUCGGCUUCCUCAAACACAUACGCACCCAGCGCAACUACCUAGUCCAGACUGAGGAGCAGUACAUUUUUAUCCACGAUGCCUUGAUGGAAGCCAUUUUGGGGAAGGAGACAGAAGUGUCAGCCAGCCAGCUUCACAGCUACUUCAACAGCAUUACAACACCAGGAUACAGCAGCCGUACACAUCUGGAGAAACAGUUCAAGUUAGUAACACAGUGCAAUGCUAGAUACAUGGAUUGCUUCAAUGCACAGAAGGAGUGCAACAAAGAGAAAAACCGAAAUUCCUCCGUGGUGCCAUCGGAGCGAGCGAGGGUCGGCCUAGCACCUUUGCCCGGCAUCAAAGGCACCGAUUACAUUAACGCCUCUUACAUCAUGGGUUACUACCGGAGUAAUGAGUUCAUCAUUACCCAGCAUCCCCUGCCCCACACAACAAAAGACUUCUGGAGAAUGAUCUGGGACCACAAUGCACAAAUUAUUGUUAUGCUGCCUGCCAACCAUGGACUGGCAGAGGAUGAGUUUGUGUACUGGCCUAGUCGGGAGGAGGCCAUGAACUGUGAGGCGUUCACUGUCACCUUCAUCAGUAAAGACCGGCUCUGUCUUUCCAAUGAGGAACAGAUCAGCAUCCAUGACUUCAUCCUGGAGGCUACACAGGAUGACUACGUUUUAGAGGUUCGUCACUUUCAAUGCCCUAAGUGGCCAAAGCCUGACGCACACAUCAGCAGCACCUUCGAGCUCAUCAAUGUCAUUAAAGAGGAGGCAGCCAGCCGCGACGGACCAACCAUCAUCCACGAUGAGUUGGGAGCCGUGUCAGCCGGCAUGCUGUGUGCCCUCACCACACUGUCUCAGCAGCUGGAGAGCGAGGGUGCUGUCGAUGUCUAUCAAGUGGCCAAGAUGAUCAACCUGAUGAGGCCAGGAGUCUUCACAGAUGUUGAUCAUUACCAGUACCUAUACAAAGCUCUACUCAGCCUCAUCAGCACCAAGGAGAACAGCUCCUGUAUUCUGGCCAGGGACAUUAAUGGGACCAUGGUGUCCAUGUCUGACCAGUCUGACCAGGCAGAGAGCAUGGAGUCGCUGGUGUGAGAAAGGCCCUCCGGAGGCCCAGAGCUGAGCUGUGCUGAGCUGAGGGUGUCUUUUGGCUCCAAACACCCUGCAGGGUCUCUUAGUCCACAAAGGAGGCACUUAACUUUGUAAAACGUCAAGGAACUAUUGUGAACAAGACUUUUUGAGGCCUUUUUGCCAGACUCUUGGUUAAAAUAAAUAACCUGAUUACUUUUUUACACUGAUAAAAAGUUUUUGAUAUUUAUUUUUUUUGCCAUUUUAUGUCUUAAUGUUCUCCUACUGAAGGGUUUGCACCUGCGUUUUUAAGUUUCACGAGGGCAUCGUAGGCAACGAGAAACACUUUUCUGUCUUUUCUUGUUUGCACUAUAUAAUGUCAGUGUUACUGCCUAUACUAAAGCUGACUCACUUGGCUUUUCUCCAACCACUCAAGCUCUGAUGUUUUUUUUGACAUUCCAUGGCUUUGGCCCUUAUCAAAUCAACCGCUUCUGUGAAGGACGUUGCUGUGCCUGUCACCUACCAGUUGAUUUAAGGUAAUGGACGAAAGAAGGCAUGAACUCUCUCCGCCUCAGUAACAAAAUGCUGUUGGACUUCAGCUCCGUGUGACCUCCUCUGCCCUGCUCAUCUCUAGUACUCAUAUUACCACUCAUCUAUCACGAGAACCAAGAUCUUUGAACCUCUUGCCACAGACAAGUAGCCCUUGUUUUUUUAAAGUAGUUUCCUCUUCACUGUUUUUUGAGUUUUUAUGCCUUGUUUUCUUGUCACUCUCCCUCUUAUUAGCGGGUCACACCCCUGUUAGAAUACCUAAGGUGGUAUAAUAACUGCUACUGUGAAAACCUUAAUUUGUUUUCUUUGUAUAAUGCAUAUUAUGCUUUUUAAUAUAUGGAAAUACUGUAUGUAUACAUAUAUAAAUAUAUCCUUAUCAUAAUAA